AGCACAGCGUGUCCACAGUGGUGGACCCUCAGGCUUUUGGACACGGGGGAGGGGAGCCUUUGGCCCAGGAUCUUCCUGGAGGUCAGUAAGCGGCAGCCUCCCCUGCUUCAGGAACCUGAGGACAGGCAGUGACUGAGUCAGUUCCAUAGACGUCUGUGUUACCACUUCCUCAUACCUCCACUGGGACCUCUCUGUUCCUCCCUUUUCUUGUAGAAUUGCGUUGACUUUUUUUUUUUUUUUUUUUUUUUAAUGGGGCAAAGCUGCAUAUCAGCGGAGCUCAGAGAAACCGAACAGGCCUGGGAGGCCGUGAGGGUGAGUGUUGCAAUCUUGGCACACCCACGUCUACACUGCCUGCCUGCCUGCCUGCCUGCCUGCGGCCUUCUGCCAGAGCCCACAGGCCGCGGUGACUGAGGGUGGUUAAGGCUGCGUCCUGUGACCUGGAUGAAGAGGCUGGGGUCCCUCUCACUUUCUGCUGAACUGGUGUUUCCAGCUGUGUUUGGGAACUGAUUGGCUAAGGACCCACAUUGGAGAGCUUUGGGCAUCGUAACAGUGAACGAGAAUGGAGGAUGAGGAUAACAUCACCUCCCUCACCUAUGAGUACGUGUACUCUGAUGACUUCGACCCCAUCGUGGUUUUGGAGGAGUUAUCUCCCCUGGAAGGCAGGGUGGUCAGGAUCUUCCUGGUGGUGGUCUACAGCAUCAUCUGUUUCCUCGGGAUCCUGGGCAACGGCUUGGUGAUCAUCAUCGCCACCUGCAAGAUGAAGAAGACGGUGAACACCGUCUGGUUCCUCAAUCUGGCCGUCGCGGAUUUCCUGUUCAACGUCUUCCUCCCCAUCCACAUCACCUACGCCGCCAUGGACUACCACUGGGUGUUCGGCACAGCCAUGUGCAAGAUCAGCAACUUCCUGCUCAUCCACAACAUGUACACCAGCGUCUUCCUGCUCACUGUCAUCAGCUCCGACCGCUGCAUCUCCGUGCUCCUCCCCGUCUGGUCCCAGAACCACCGCAGCGUCCGGCUGGCUUACAUGGCCUGCAUGGUCAUCUGGGUCCUGGCUUUCUUCUUGAGUUCCCCAUCCCUCGUCUUCCGGGACACAGCCCACGUGCACGGGAAAAUAUCCUGCUUUAACAACUUCAGCCUGUCUGCCACCAGCUCUUCCUCGUGGCCCACUCAUCCCCAAGUGGACGCUGUGGGCUUUGGCCGGCACGUGGCGGUGACCAUCACCCGCUUCCUCUGUGGCUUCCUGACCCCGAUGCUCAUCAUCACCGCCUGCUACGUCACCAUCGUCUGCAAGCUGCGGCGCAACCGCCUGGCCAAGACUAAGAAGCCCUUCAAGGUCAUCGUGACCAUCAUUAUCACCUUCUUCCUCUGCUGGUGCCCCUACCACACGCUGUACCUUCUGGAGCUCCAUCACAGCGCCAUACCUGGCUCCGUCUUCAGCCUGGGUGUGCCCCUGGCCACUGCCAUCGCCAUUGCCAACAGCUGCAUGAAUCCCAUUCUCUACGUCUUUGUGGGUCAGGACUUCAAGAAGUUCAAGGUGGCCCUCUUCUCCCGUCUGGUCCAUGCUCUGAGUGAGGACACAGGCCACUCCUCCUAUCCCAGCCACAGAAGUUUCACCAAGAUGUCAUCCAUGAACGAGAGGGAGACCAGCAUGCUCUGAGCCUCGCCUGGAACACCCCCGCCCCCCGUGGCUACUCCCAACCUUGGAGGCUCAAAGCUACGCCUUCUUGAGACCACGGCAAGAACAUCUUGGGCACCCACAGAUGCCCGCUGUAUUUUGCAUGGGGCUGAACUGUGUUUUGAACUGGGAAUCCAGGGCUCAGAACUCCUUUCUUCCAGGGGCACGGCGGACAGAGCAGGCUACGGCGCUCAGCCUUGGAAGAGGCUGGAAGAUCCCGUGCAUCCUGGGAGACCAGCCUUGACUGGUGCAAAGCAAAAAAGGGAGCAUUCUCAAAAGCACUGCUAUGAACUGGGAUGGGCAUAAGACAGAGGGAUCAGUUACCUACCUGAGUGCUUCCCAGGAAUGACAGAAACGCUUUUCAAGGUCCAUUCCUGGUGUGAGCAGAGGAGGUCAGAGCAAACCCAGUGUGAUGUAGGUCACGCCUCGCUCAUAUCCCUCUGUCAAUAGCUGGCCAGAAAUCCUGCCACUCAAGCCAUUCCUCUGGGUUAGGGUGUGUGGAAAUGCACACACCUUCUCCAGGUUCCCUGGGAAGAGAAGGUGACAUGUGAGCACAGGAACUCCCGGGACCAUGCAUUUGACUUUCAUAUCGGCUGAAAAGACAGGCAACAGGUCCUGCGGAGCCAUGGGGCUCUUUGUGAGGGCAAGAGAAGCAGGGCUGUGAUGAGGACUCAGGGGUUUGGGGGAAGGAAUGAAGAAAGAAAAGACCUUUCAAA